CUUAAGGCCCGAACAGCAGCUGGGGAGAUUAGAGACGAGGGGACACUGACACACACACAAACACACACACAGAGACUCCUCACAACAGCGACACAGUGAGCCAGGACAGAUCUGGUUCAUCAUCACGAGCACACAACUAGAGCGAAUACGUCCAAACACCUUGCCUGGCAAAGAUCUCCUAGACCGGGCUUGGAAGCGACCUCACAGUGGAACCUCAACUUCUCUUGGAAUCUCUUUCUCUACACCUCUCCUUUAUUUUGGGCUCUACACUACACCAGGUCCUAUGCGACUCAAGAACUGGUCCAUCUAGAUCAAGGUGAUUCUGACUGGUCUGUGCUGGUUCCCGCUUGGGCCAUGAGUUGCUUCGGGUACCGACGAGAGCUGAGUAAGUACGAAGAUGUCGAUGAGGACGAGCUUUUGGCUUCCCUCAGCCCCGAGGAGCUGGCCGAGUUGGAAAAGGAGCUGGCGGACAUUGACCCUGACGCCAACGUGCCCAUAGGACUCAGACAGAGAGACCAGACGGACAAGACCCCGACGGGCACCUUCAGCAGAGAGGCACUCAUGAAGUACUGGGAAACCGAGACACGCAGGCUGCUGGAGGACGAGAUAGGUGGAGGAAGCCCCAAACUGGAUGAAGAACAGGAGGAGGAAUGUGUGACAGAAGAAAACAGUGAAGCAGAGGAUGAGAAAGAUGAUGAAAAUGAGAAAGAGCAGAAAAAGUAUGAAAGGAAGGAGGAGGAGGAAGAACAGAAUAAUGAGGAGGAGGAGGAAGAAGAAGAAGAAGAAGAGGAGGAGGAGGAGGAAGAAGAAGAGGGCAGUGAGGAAGAGGAGGAAGCUGUAACAGAGGAUGAGGAAGGUGAGGAGGAAGAGGAGGAAGAAGAUAACAAACCAAAACCUGAACCCUCAUGUGGUUCUGGGACAUCACGGGCUGAAACCCCGAAACUGCUGAAACCCCAGAGGGUGGAGCCAAUUAGACUGACUCCUCCCCCUCCCCCUGCUGACAUCAACGCGACCGGAAACCCGACUGUCGUGGACGACGCUCUCCAGCGAGUCCUUAGCAACGACUCUGAACUCACAGAGGUCAAUCUCAACAAUAUCGACGACAUCUCACAGGAGAACCUCAUCCGAUUUGCCGAAGCACUACGGGCCAACGUACACGUGCGGCUCUUUAGCCUCGCAAACACCCGGGCUGACGACGCCGUGGCUCUGGCCGUCGCUAAGAUGCUGAGGGAGAACUCGUCCAUCACCAGCCUGAAUAUAGAGUCCAACUAUGUGACUGGGAAAGGCGUCAUGGCGCUGGUUCAGGCACUUCCAGGAAACGACACUCUCACUGAGCUUCGGUUCCACAACCAGAGACACAUGUGUGGAGGACAGGUGGAGAUGGAGAUGGUGAAGAUUCUGAGGGAAAACCACACGUUGAUCAAGCUGGGUUACCAGUUCAACCUCCCAGGUCCCAGGAUGAGCAUGACGGGGAUCCUCACCAGGAACCAGGACCGCCAGAGACAGAGACGGCUGCAGGAGCAGAGGCAGCUUCAGCAGGGCCAACAAGGGGUGACGGAGGGGGCCGUUAACCCCCGAACCACUGCCCUCAGAGGAACACCUGGUUCAUCGCCUUACAGCUCACCUUGGUCCUCACCCAAACUCCCCCGGGUAGACCUGCCUAAGAAGCACACUCCUCCUGCACCACCACCUCCUCCUCCUCCCCCUCCACCGCCUCCUCCACCUCCUCCACCACCGCUGCCUCCCCAGCAGCGCCAGAAGCAGCAGCCCACCAGGAUGAUCGCCGAGGUCAUCAGGGCGCAUGAGGCGGGCGCCAAGAAGUCGACAAAGACCAAAGGGAAGAAAGGCAAGAAGGGCAAGGAGAAGGAGCCGCGGAGAGACGAAACGGGCAGCAUCCUGAAGGAGCUGAAGAGCGCGCUGAGGCCCGUGUCUGCGGAGAGGAGAGGGGAGGAGGGCAGCCGGCCCUCCACGCCAUUGAGGUCAGCCCACGACCAGCUGAUGGAGUCCAUCCGCAGCAGCACCGUCCGCAACCUGAGACGGGUGGAAGUCCCACAUCAUCUACUAUAAUACGAGCAGAAAUAAAGGAGGUUGAUUCCUUACGGUGGAAAUCUGCAUAAUGAUGAUGAUGGUGUGACCAACAGUGAUGAAGGUACAAGGUGAAAAUAUGUCUGAGGUCUGAAUUCUUACUCAUCUAAAAAAAUAAAAAAUAAAAAAUAAAUACUGGAAAUUUGCACUUCAAUAAUAGCUUUACAUUUUGAUAAGUUGAAAAUUGAUUUUUUUUUAAGUAUUCAUGCAUCGAGAAAAUGGUAUUUUGACAUGAGUUGACAUGAGCUGUUAACUGAUGAGUUGUUCCAUUCACUGUAAAAUUGUAAAUACGAUCUGUUGUUGGUUGAACUGUAUGUUGAUGUAUAAAUAUAGCCACUUGGUGUUUACAGAAAUACUCUACAAACUAUGUGGACUGUUUUCCUUUUCUUUGGUUUGGAUGGUGAGUUCCAUUAGAAAGAAAAAAGGGUCAAACGGCAGGAAGCACACAAAGCCACUGAUGCAUUUCCUCCCUCUGACUCUUUCACAACACAACCACUCCGGUUAGCAGGUGCUACAACUGGGCUCUUUGUCUCAAAGAUUUCCGACGCAUCCGACAUCACAGGAUCCAAUAAUUAGCUGCGGGCUACUUAAAAGCUGCAGGACACAGCGCCUACAGAGCUACUUGGUCAGUGGGAUAAUGUUGGGGGUCGACAAGGCCCAAAAACCAAAGGAUUUUCCAAUUAACAUACGGGACGCUUGGUCAAGACAGAAAUAAUGACAUGACAGAAAAGGGAUGGAGAGACUGAGUGAGGGAGAUGAUGAUUCAGACACUUAGGGAAAGGUGACAGGUUGGGAGGGGGAGGCCAAGAGCAUGUGAGAGAGUGGAUGAGGGAUAAUUACAUUAUGGCAAAUCAUUUCUCAGAGGAUACCAGGAGCUUUUAGACAGAUUUCUUUUACAUUAUAGGCACUGCAUGCAUGAACUUCUGUGUGGUAUGAAAAUCAAUUUUUAUCAGGUCUUGAAAAUUGCGUAGAUUAUUUUGCAGGGUUGCAUGUUGAUGCAUUCGUGUGCUGUUCGGACAUUCAAGACCUGAGAUUUGACUGCCUAGUUAAUACGGGGAGUUUUACUAAAUUUAAUUUCAAAAAUAAUUUCUAUGAUGUCCACGCUUGUUUAUUAUUUUUCUACUGGGUUUGAUUUUCCACAGUUUUUUAAAGAUAGAUUUGCAUAACAAUUGAGUUCAAAACUUGUCGAACUUUUAAAAAAUACUGCAAACUUUUCAGUAAGAAAGAAAGAAAGCAAGAAAGAAAGCAGAAUCAAUAAACCUAGUUUUGCGCUUUAUAAAGUCCAUUUAAACAGUACUGAAUAUUACAUAUUAUAUAUGACCAGCUCCUAUAGGGUACACUCUGCACACUGGUCUGUACAAUGACGACAGCGGCUCAGUAUGCACAAUGAAUUCCCUCAGCGGCGUGUCUAAGAAUAAAACUUCCUCUACUCAAGCACUUCACUUUGUCAUAUCCGACCAACUGUCAAUAGAGGCACCAUAAAAUGCACCGACUUCCUGCUUUCUAAGUGGGGUCGGGCCUGUGCACUCAGGGUGGCCACUGCAUUAUCCUCUCACAGAAUUCAGGACAUUAUCGUCGGGAUGGACAGAUGUGUCCAUGCUCUGUAGGGAAAUGCAAUACUAUAAGCGCGUCAAAAUUAUCAAGGCUGUUGCAUGUAUUACUUCAACACUGAGCUACAGAAUAUCCCUCAAACUUCUCGGUCACAACCCCCAGGCCUUUUGACCUUUGACCUUUCUUACUGUAUGCAUGAGAUGCUGCCGUUUCACAAACGACAGCUCUUCUACUGCACCACUCCCGAGGUUUUAAAUUCCUUAAAAUGCAAAUCCAGCUGCAAGUGCAUUAUUCUACUUCUGCUAUUCUACUUCACAGACGACAUGCACGCUGCUGCUUCUACAAAGGCCUUUCUGUCUUUCUCCCGUGUCCAUGUGUUUGUCGGGGUCUCUAUGUCUCCAUAUAGUGCCGCCACACUAGUGGAAAGUGCCAUACCUGCUCUAAUCCCCCUCAUAAGCUCUCCAGCAGCAGGGAGCUGAUACAUGGUCAGUGUGACAAAA